CCCGCCGCAACAAACUACCGGCUUAAAUCGAUCCAGCACAUCCGCACGCUAUCACGACCGUAUAAAACACAAAGAUACAUAUCCAACUUGCCUAUAUUAUCCAUCUAUCACAAUGCCUCCUCGCAAGUCCGACGCGCGGAAGAGCGACGUCUCCUUCGCCGACGCUGGCGACACAAGCAUACAACCCGUCGAUUCGCAAGCGGACGAUGCCUCCAAGACAACAGCUGAUAAGAAAGAUGCCGUUACUAUAGAAGAUCUGAGCCUCCCAAAAUCCAUCAUCACACGACUCGCAAAGGGCGUUUUGCCGCCAAAUACACAAAUCCAAGGCAAUGCUAUCCUCGCCAUUAGCAAGAGUGCAACAGUAUUCAUCAACUAUCUUGCCUCACACGCCAAUGAGAACACAAUGGAUGCGAAUAAAAAGACGAUUGCGCCAGCCGAUGUGUUCAAAGCACUAGAAGACACAGAAUUUGCAUUCCUUAAGGAACCUCUUGAGGCCGAGUUUGCCAAAUUCAACGCCAUUCAAACGGAAAAGCGCACAUCAUACCGACAAAAGGUCAAAGCUACAAAAGAAGACGACACAGAAAUGCACGACACAUCGACCAUCUCUGCGGUAGCCGGUGGUGGCGGCGAGACGCCGCCCGCCAAAAAGGCCCGCGUAAACGGCGCAGCAGCGGAAGCCGAGGACACAGAGGUCGAUGAACACAUAGAAGACGAAGAUGAUGACGACGAAGAUAAUGAAGACGAGGAGGACGAGGAGGCAGCGCCCGAAGAGGACGAGGCAGACGAGGGCAGCGGAGACGAGACGCAAGACGCACAGGAAGACAAGGUCGUUCAAGAAGAUGAGGCGCUUGAUGGCGACGAGAGCGACUAAACUUACUAUCACGGCAUGAAUAUUUGGGCACGGGGAUAAAAAGGAGUUGGGUAGUCACUUCAGAUACACAAACCACGUACAUGCGACAUGUGCGCCAUCAUCAAGUCUCUUUACAAAGAAUAAUACACAGCAUCAUUCAUCAAUCACAAUGUCAAGAAAAAGUUGUAUCGUGUUACACCUUAGCAAGUCAAGGCUGAAUGAAAUUUCGUAAGAGAGCAAACAAGAACUAAAACCCCCGGAUCCAAGAAAAGAGAAAGGAGAAAGAAGAAACAGCUCAAGAUAGCAAAAAAGGGAGCAUCGACAACGUUCAAGACCGAGGGCAAAACGAAAGAAAGCAGCAUAUACCAUUUUGCACAACGGGUCGGGGAUUAUCCAAGCCCAGACAAACAACCAAGAUAAGGAAAAAGGGUAACCAAGAAGAAAGGAUGAAAAAAGAAACUAGCAAAAACUCCCCUUUUUGUCCGUGCGUCGACCAUGUACCAAAGUUAAAAAAAAACGUUUGAAAAAAGGGGAAUAUUUCCACAGUGGGAAGAAGGAAAAGAGUGCAAGUACAGGUUGCUUUGGGACUCAAAUUAGCCCCAAGAACAAUAAAAAGAGGAAGAAAAAGGAACAGAGAAACAUGAAAACGGGGGCGACUCGCAAACAAAGUCGCCACAGGCGUCGAUUUCAUCAGAGUCCAAGCCAUGGUUAUGCGUAUCUUGUCCGUCGGCACUUGGUUCUACUAUUCGUGUCUCCGCCAAAAGACAAGAGAACAAUCAAGAGGAAGGAGAAAAAAGAUAAACCAUGAAUCAGCAGUGCAUAGACAAAAGGGGGUAUCCAAGAUAUAGGAGAGGAACAAACAAAGCACACAGAGAGCAAGCAGGCCAGCAAGACGAGAGAGAAACCAAGGUAUAGAGCAAUAAAAUACGCUUUUUGUCGUAACGGUCUCAUCAGAAGCCAAACAUCAAACGCAAGGAAAACUAGAAUGACGCCGUGCCAAGGUGGACCAGCCACCGGGAAUGAGCAGGGCAGUCGUUUCGCUAGACGGCCGUGAGAAUGACAUUACUGAGGCUGCUGCUGCUGAGCCCACCACUGCUGCUGUUGCUGUUGUUGCUGCUGGGGAGGAGGCGGCGAGUGCUGGCCGGACCAGGCUUGUCCCGUAGGGGAUCCCUGAGGCAUGUACUGCCGCGGGGUCUGGUCAGCAGGAUACAUGCUUUGGCCACCGUACUGCAUGCCGCCCAUGGGAGGGAACUGCGACAUGUUUGGGUUCAUCUGGCCGCUGCCCUGGCGCAUCUGAGGAGCAGGAGAUUGGGAUGCAUGCUGCGACUGAGUAGUGUAGCUACCGUAGGCGCUGCCGGGGCCACUGGGGCUCUGCGACCACAUCUGGCCAGACUGGUAGUUGUAGCCAGGUUGGCCGGGGAUACCAGCUGUUGAUCCAGC